GUUCGUCCUUGGCCUUGACCUUCUGGCUUAUUCAAAUUUGGUUUUUUUUCUUGUGUUGGUGGUUCACCUUUCCAGUUGUUUGGGAGAUUUUCCAUACUUUUGGGGGCCACCUCUUUUAAAAGCAUUUCCUGUGUCAUAUUGGAUGAAAAGUCGGUUUAAAUCUCCCUUAUCUGCUGACAACCCAAUCUACCGACUUUGGAGAAACUGCAGUCGAAAAUUUUGGGGAAAUGCUCGAAAAACCCCAAGAUUUUCCAUGGUCUGGGGCAUUGUGCAAAAUGAGGCGAAAUUCCUGAAAAAUCCCUAAAACGCUUGGGGGACUUAUGGGUUUUCCCAAUAUAUUUAUUGGUUAACCAAUUCCAAUCAAUUGUUUGGGAUUCAAAGCAAGAUUGGACCUCCAUAAUAUUACAAACUGCAAGUACUAUUAUAGGUCGAUUGACCUCCUAUCCUUAGUACCAAAGACUGAAAAUUCCCCUAGACUUUGUGGAGAAGUGCGAAUUUCCGUAUGACGCUGUCGUAACUUCUAAAAUUUCCUCCAAAUUCAGAAAUCGGGAAAUCUUACUUCAAGUUAUUGAUUAAAAAAUCGUUUAAUUUUCUCCAAGCGGUGUUUUGUAAUACUGUUUUCUCAGUGUCAGUAGAAUAUUUCCACAUUAUUGAGAUUUUCAACCUAGUUAAUUCUCUAAAGCUGUGUGUGCACACAUAUGCUGCAAAUUGGGUAUAUGUUUAGAUAAAUAUUCUAAGAGAUGCAGUCUUUUUCACUGUCACUAACGUCAGUAUGAAAGUUCAUUCACUGUACCGUAUUGUUCAUCGUAAAUUAUUUGUUCCUUAGUGGUUUUCAGUUAGUAAAAACAUCUCUACUAUAAAGCUUUCUCUAGUGUAUCUAUAUAAACUGCUAAGCAAUGAUAAAACUUCGAGGGUUCCCUUAGUUAUAUCUCCAUUAUUUGUCUUUUCACAACUUACUGCAGUUACUCAUACUCUUGUAUUUCAGUGUUAUGCAACUAAAAGUCAUCAUUUGACAAUGAGGUUUUGCUUUCUUAGACUAUCUCCUCAAUGGUGUCUAACCUAGCGCCCAUUACCUUGGCAAAAUCACUCUGUUUUCCCUGUAUAAAUCAGUCAUAUAGUACCAUUUAUUUAUUUAUUUAAACACAAGCAUUGGUACAAGGAGGUACCAAACGCAUAUGUACCACGCAAAUCAUUCGAUUUGUUUGAGGGAUGGAAUAUUGUCCGGGUGCUCAAACUAAAGCAGGUGGUUUACUUAUGAGCCUUUAACCUAGAGGUCUAAUCCACAGGGCAGUGGAUUGGCGCAAGUAGAUACAGUCCCAUGUUAUCCGUUGACCAACCGUAGUUCCAUACCCCAUUUGUUCCCUCAGGAUCCUGGAGCCCAUAUGCACUGUUGGUUUGGAAUCAGAGUUUUCCAACUUCCCUAGAUGAUUCCUUCAUAUCCACCAACUCGGUUAAAGCGUUGGCCAUUCGCUUUUUCAUCCUCUCAAUUUCGUAAACAAUUUCUCCACCGCUAAAAGGAAGUGAGUAGGACUUUCAUAAGAGUGGCCGGAUACGCGUGACCACGUGAGAGCAUUUCGGAAGUGAGGGCUGAUUUUUUCCACCCUCGGUCUUACCAGGGCAUUUGGGGCUAAAAGUUCAAGGUUACGUAGAUCGUUAAUCAAUCAGUAGUAUGUAACUCAUUUUUCAGUCGAAGAUUCAUAAAAGUCCCUACGAGCUAAAAGCUGUAGUUACGAGAUCUAGUUUGAAUACUUUAAAAUAGAUACCUACAAAUAGUUACUUUAUAGAUGGAGUUAUUAGAAAGUGUAUAGAACUCAAGAGAUAAUUAUGAUAUGUAGUGCAAAAAAGGAGUACCACAAUGUAAACAAGCCUAAUAUUUAUCAGCAUCCAUGACUGAGUUUUAUAGUUCUGCGAACCAUAAUUAACGUCAGAUAUGUACACUUUAAUACUACUGCUUAAUUUCAACAUAAAAUUAUCAUAUAUUUCAGGAACCUCUUCUUUAGUAUCUUAGCAUCAAGUUAGGCAUGCCGUAACUUGGCAAAUCUGAACUAUAAAAGCGGGUUUAAAUAACUCCCCAAACAUCGAUGACGAAAUCUUGAUUCAUUCAGUUGUUCUCAGAACAGCAAGUAUCAAUUAAUGACUCAUAAUGUUAGUACUAGGAUUCAGAGUUUGAGUUGCAGCUUUCCUCACAAACUAAUAUCAGCCUUGAUACACAUGGCACAAAGCGUUCUUAAUCAACUGUUGAAAUUUCGAGUUGUCAUCUAGCAUUGCUCAAGAUUGUUCGUAAAUUAUAAUGUGAACCUUAAGCUAUUUUCCGAGUCAAAAUAUUCGUAAUACAGCCAGUGGGCGAAAAUUUCUCUGGUAGACUGUUUUGCCACCCGAAAAUUACAUUCUAUCUUGCUACAUGCACUGUGAUUUGCAUUUUCAUGUGGCUCACCCUUACAGUUCAGCUUUAUCAGCAACCUUGUUACUAAAAGUUUUGAUACAACAGAAUCAGAUGGUUCCUUUGUUAAGCUGUUUUGAACGACUACGAUAGUCGAAAGGAACUGUAUUUGAUUAGAAAUCGGUAGAAUAAUGUAAAAAUUGUAGGUCGACUACAUCAAUGUUGUGAGAUUCUUGACUGAGCACCUAUGAACAGUGAUGUACGUUAGAACUAACAAUGUCAGCAAGGACUGUGCAAACUUAAUUUGAAAUACUUAAAACUUCAGGUGGAGUUGUAACUAAAAUGAUUAUAUACUAAAUUAUGAUGAAGUUAAAAAUCCCUAAGAAUAACAAAGAGAAAAUUCGUUGUUAUCGUGCUUCCCUGCUGGUGAUUAAUUUAAACUCACAUCUACAAAGUUUAAGUAGACACGCAACAUAGUUCAAUUUCCUUUACGGUUUUAGUUAAAUGUUCUGAAACCUAGAACUUCUGUAAAUCCCUCUAAAUUUUUACAUUACAUUACUAGUAGUGGUCGAGCGUUUGACUGCUUUUUGUUGUGGAAAAUUUUGGAUUUUAUUAUUCCUGUAGGUACCUGUUGAUCUAGUUUUCAUUUUUCCAAAGCAAAUAAAUGUUUCUCAUAGUGAUUAUUUUCUUCUCCAGACUUCUGUUCCAUAGUAGAAAAAACAUUUUCAACAUAUGCAUUUAACCAAUCGCUAAUCUUAUGACUCUCAUCGAAAUGGGUCUCAUUAAUAGUGUUAAUAAAUCAGAUGACCUCCAAUGUUUGUUCGACGAAUACAAGACGAGAAUUAAAGCAAAAUCUCAUCUACCUUCUAAUCCACUUAAGCCUUUGAUCCAGUUUCUACAAUCAGUCGGUGAAUCCAUAUUCGACAAACGAAAACCUAUAUGCUUUAGUGCUAGUCUUUUAGAUCAUGAUUUCAAAGAGAUUCGUCAAGGCCUGAUAACAGUAAGAGUUUACGAUAUUAAGUUUCAAUAUGUCCAUAAUAACCAAACUGUUGUUCUACUUUGGCCACUCCACGGUUUACGAUGGUAUGGAAGGAAUAAAUCCUUAUUUUUAUUUCAGUCUGGCAGUCGAUGCAAAUUAGGUCCAGCACUUUUCAUAUUUAAAUGUAAACAUCCUAAAAGACUGGUUUCCUGCGUUGAAAAACGAAUAAAUUCUCUCUUGCAUCUUUAUCGAAAUAUGACGUCUGUCAUAAAAUAUCUGCAUCCAAUACGAGAAUCGUGUAUAGAUCGCAAAACAAGAUCAGAACUCAAAAUAAGAUCAAUUGGUUUUUCCAAGUCAUUAGACAAAGAAAAUGCAGGCAAUCAACUAUGGAAUCACUGUUUCUGACUCACUCGUCUUUUUAUUAGUGCAGAAAGAUCUUUGAGAUUGUUCAGUCUGUAGUUUUUGUCACAUUCGGAACUGACAUACAUUUGCUCAGAAACACCCUAUGGCCUAGUACCCCUGUUCACUACCUUUGGACUGCUAAGUUAAUACCUCAUGUUUCAUCUGAAUUUCAUUUAAUAUCGUGAUAUUGAUAUGAACAAACCGAGAUUAUAUGAUUAUUAAUUAUUUUGCUAUUAUUUCUUUAUCAAAUAGAGUACAUGAUCCAGAUAUAUACUUUUAUUAGUUCGGGACUACUUGUUAUAAACAUCCUGCAUAAAUGAGUUUCAAUCGUUUAAAUAUAUAUGAUGUAGGAGCGAUUUAAAGUGUAAAUUUACAUGACUUAUUAAAAUACGGAUAAGUAACUUAGUAGCCACUGUUCAAAGAGGGGUACUGAAAUUAAAUGGGAUUGAUGAAUAAACCAUAUAAAACAAACGAUCUUAUAUUUCUUAUGAUGUCCUGACUCAUCAUACACCAAAUUACAAUUAAAACGUUUACCAGGUACACAAGAGUUCAUGUUGAACCUUUUAUCUAUAUUCUUCGGGUUUUCCUCUACUGUCGCUGCUACCUUGACGUUGUCCGGCUUGCCUAUCGUGAUGAAUUGCUCAGGUUAUACUGGCUGGAACAUUCGUUCCUCAAGGUCCCACUAUGCCAAACAGGUCUGCUAAAGAGCGGUAAGACUAAAAGCAACAAUCCCAACACAGAUCACUAUAUUCAUAAUCGAUCUUCCUCUUCAGUUCCUAUUAUUUCUCAUACUUCGACUUUCAACUCCAUCCACAAAUGUCACCAUGGCCAACGAUUCUAGUGCACGAAACAAUGUCCCAGGUCUACUAAAACCGCGCUCCAAACUACACGAUGGAGCCUUCAACGUACGCACCCUAUGUCAAAUCGGUCAGCAGAUCUCCUUGACUAAAACCCUGGAAUCUCGUACCAUUAAUGUAUGCACUAUUAGAAUGGAUCCGCGUUAACAGAUGCCUACGUGCUAAACGGCUAAACUGCUCCUUGGGGACUCGGAAAGAUAGGGAGACACGUCGUUGCAUUUUCGUCGUUUCUGCCUACGCUUCCACUGACUGCAGCCCGGGUGAAGUGAAAGAUCACCUUUACAGGAAACUUUCCAGAGUUCUUCAAAAACCUGAACACUUAGACAUAGUACUCGUAGCAGGUGACUUUAAUACCCAGAUAGGUAGCUUAAACCAAACAGAAAGACAUUUAGGUGGGUAUUUUAAUAUUCCGGCUCAGUGAACAAGUAAUGACAAUCGUCUGCUGCAACUGUGCUCAGACAAUCGUUUAUUUUUAGCAAACUUAUUUUAGGCAUAAGGAGAGACAUCUUCUAACAUGACGACCCCCUACACCAAACCAACGAUGGACUCAAAUAGACCAUAUUGCCAUCAGUCAUCGUUGGAAAAGGUCGAUGGAAGAUUGUCGCUCAUUCUGGAGUACCUGUUUGGACUCCAACCAUGCUCAAAUACGAGCAUGCAUCUGCUUGCGCCUCACUGGACGCGAAAAAGGCACAUUAAAAAACCCAUUAGAACUGAACUACGUAGCGAGAAAACCAAAAGUAGAUUCCAGGAACAACUGAGGUCACAAUUAGGUAGUUCUGAAAACGAGGCUAACCCGGAUGUUGCUUGGGAAGAUAUGCAAUCAGCUGUGGAAACAGCAGUGACAUCUAUUAGUGACUUAAACCACAGGGUUACAAAGAACCAAUGGAUUUCCUCAAGGUCUAUUGCACUGAUGGAUUCUCGUAAACUCAUCCCAUCAGGCUCUGAACACGAUGAAGAGCGAAAAUAAGUCAGAUCCAGGUUAACCAAAAGUCUAAGGAACGACCGUAAGCAGCGGUGGACAACGAAGACAAAAGGGAUAAAAAAAGGCACAGACUAUAGCUAACACCAGACAGCUUUUCAGACUAAUAAAAUGAACUGGAAAUAAGAAGUCAAGUGUGAAACGAUCUUGGAAGAAGACGACACCAUUUUCUGUUCUCAGCCCAGAUGUUUAGAAUGAUAGGCGGAACACUAAGGAGUAGUUCAGCUGGCCUUCAGCCAUUCUACAACUAACCACCAUUCCCAAACAGCCUGAAUGAUACAUUAAAGUAGGUCCGUCAACUCUAAUUGAAGUUUAUAAAGCUAUAGCUAAUCUUAAACGAGGAAGAGCAGCUGGUCCAGAUGGAUUGUCUUCAGAGGUCUCUAAGUAUGUUGGUCCAGUUUUAGCGAUUAGGUUGACUAAUAUUUAGUGAGUGAGGUUAGACGGUAAAUCAGCUAAUGAGGUUGGGAAUCUACAUCGACUUAGAUUGUUGGGCCACGUAUUAUUCAUGCCCAAUCACCGGUUACGACGGUGCGCAAUGCUAACUAGUAUUGGAGACCGAUGCAAAAAAGUUAGGGGCGGCCAAACCAAAACAUGACAUCAGUUCAUAACGUCACUAACAUCUGAUCUGAGCCAUAUUGGUUGAUGCAGACUACUUCGUUCGGAUCCGCGCGACUAUCGUAACCAAUGGUUGGAGACUGUGGGUGACGACUUAGAAUCGAUCAUAGUCGUGUAGAUGUAUACAUUCUUUGUCUUCCCUUAAAGCAUGAGAUUAAAAUUGCUUUAUACCUUUUUUUAUACGAAAUAAUUUCCUGUAUCAUAUCCUCAUAUGAAAUGUUUUUUUACUACUAUUGAAGUAACUGCUUCUAUGAAUUUGGUAUUCAUCUUGUUGUGCUGAUGAGGUAUGCGAAAUUGGACCGAUGUAUAUAUGUACCUGGUUCUACGUUGCAGCCGACUGACUGACUGCGAAUUUUCGUCAUGUAAACAGUUAGCAUUGGUAUUCAAGUUGAAUGAUCUAAUGGUAAAAAUUGAAUAUGUUGUUAUAGUUUGACGAUAUUAUUUUGCUAUGCGUUUUGAGUGCUGAAAAAGUGUUGAUCAAUAUGUUUUUCUGUUUCGUUUUAGAAAAAUCUCAUUCGAUUGAAUCUCUCCGGUCUCCAUCAUCUGUAGUGUUUAUUUGCGGUCCAGAUGACUAUCUUCUACCACGCAAUAUACCUGAAAACAAUACGCUUACUUUUGAUUCUGUCACGGAAACGCCUGAUUCUCGUGUAGAAUUAUCAACAUUUAGCCAGAUACAUUUAGAUCUACCAAAUGGAAACUACCUCGAGGCUGCUUUUGCUCCUAACUUACCAUUGAUGAGUAAUACUCAAGAUAACAAUAGCUCAGAACAUGGAAAAUAUGUUGUAAUUGCUUUAUCUCCACAUUUCAACAGCCCCUCCACGAAUUUUAUGAUAAACUCUCAUUCCCCAUUUAGAAAAUGUUCAAAUAAUAUUUAUUUUCCGGAACCGAUGUGAUACCUUUUCAAAACUUAUAUAAUACAUCGCUUUGUUUAAUUA